UUACGCGCGGCAUUACAACCAAUCAGAUUUAAAUUUAUUUCCCCGCCCUUCUCUCCGUCUAUCUCUGCAGUGGCGCCAAACCCUUCAGUGACGUCAGGAUCUUGUCCCAGAGAAGUAGGCACGACCGUCGGCUAUUUGGACAGAGCAUCGAAUAUGUUCUUUGUGUUAAAGCUGCUAUUUGGAUGUAAGGCUUGCUCCUGGCAUCCUUAGCUUAUUUUUAUACAAAUACUUAAUCACCAUUCUUAAUCUGUGCUUAGAAAAUACAAUGCCAGCUAGUCUCUUUACUGAAAUGGAACGCAGCAGUAUCAGUAUUCUGGAAGAUCAGAGAGCACUUCAAUUAGCCAUGGAACUCUCGAUGUUCACUUUGGGAAACGAAAGCGAAUCGGGUUAUAGUUCUGGAGGUUAUGAAUCCGAAUCCAGAAGUAAGAAGAGCCAAAAUACUACAGAAUGUGUUCCAGUACCGAGUUCGGAGCAUGUUGCUGAAAUUGUUGGACGUCAAGGAUGCAAGAUUAAGGCUUUACGAGCUAAAACUAAUACUUAUAUCAAAACUCCUGUUCGGGGUGAAGAACCGGUGUUCGUUGUGACUGGAAGAAAAGAAGAUGUAAGCGCAGCGAAAAGGGAAAUUUUAUCUGCUGCUGAACAUUUUAGUCAGAUUAGGGCCCAACGUAAAAAUAACAUGAAUGGAUCUUUAGCUCCCGGACCAAAUUCUAGCAUUCCAGGUCAGACAACUAUUCAAGUAAGGGUACCAUAUCGAGUUGUAGGCCUUGUUGUUGGACCCAAAGGAGCCACCAUAAAACGAAUUCAGCAGCAAACUAACACUUACAUUGUUACACCGAGCAGAGAAAAAGAACCAGUGUUUGAAGUUACGGGUCUUCCUGAUAAUGUGGAAACUGCUCGAAAAGAAAUUGAAGCUCACAUUGCAAUGAGAACUGGAGGAUUACCAGAUUCAUCAACAACAAAUGGUGGUAGUUCUGGAAAUAAUUCAGCUUCAGAAGAUGAUGACUUCCAUGUUAAUGGUAUAGAAAGAGUUUUUACUGCAGCUACUGUGGCAACUACAAAUUAUGUUAAUUCUCUGUAUAAGUCUGAUUUUGGCAAUGCAAAUGCAUCAUUAUCCCGUGACAGCAAUAAUAUUUUAACUUCUCGUACACAGGACAUAUUUACUUUUCCAUCCCAUGCCAUUUCUGCUGAUGGUGGCUCCCCUAAAAUGACUGAUAUAUAUUCUUGUACUCCUGGUUUUCCAAAUGGUUUCUCUACUAGUUUUGGGCUGUAUGAUGUUGAUGAGGGUCUAGGAGAUUCUCCAACAUUUGAGCAAGCAGUUUUUCCUAGUACAAGUAAUGUAUGGUCUGAUUUUGGUCCUGUUCAAAGCACAAUGUCACCUCUUUUUGGAACGACUACAACUUCUACAGCACCAUCGGCUGUACCUCGAAGGAGCAACAGCUUAGGAAGUGCUGAUUCAGGAAUUUCCGAUCCUCUUCUUUUAGAUCAUCCACCUGCAAGGCGAAUUCGAAGUGACCCUCUGGUGGACACUUUGGCCAAUUUUCCACCUAUUACUGCCGUUAGCACAGUUUCCACUAUUGCCAAUUGCUUUACCGCUACAUCUUGUACUGGUACUUCUAAUUCAGCUACAAGCCCGACAGAUUCUAUUUCUUCUUCAUUGAGGAAAUCCAAAAGAGACUGUGCUGUUUGUUUUGAAAGUGAAAUUGUAGCUGCACUUGUACCAUGUGGGCAUAAUAUGUUUUGCUUAGAAUGUGCCAAUCGCAUAUGCGAGAAGGCAGAGCCAGAGUGUCCCAUCUGCAGGCAGCAGGCUCACCAAGCAAUUCGCAUCUACUCCUAAAAUUAAAGCUUUUGGAGCUUGUGUAGUCGUGGGUGGGGGAAUUAAUGUGAAAUGACUGAGCCUAGUGCUGAUAUAAGAUCUGUUCAACGUACAAAUUAGUUUACGAUAAAGUUAGGAAAUGAGGGAAAAAAAAAAAAAAAGCAUAAACAUUCUGAUAGCACUUGGCACUUUUAAUUUUAUCUAGACUUUUCUUUCUCAUCCUUGCCCACCGAUUUCUCUUUUGCUUCUUUCAAGAAUGAGCGGCUGGAAAACACACUACUUAAAUAUGUAGAAUCUCUGCUCACCUGAUAUAUUGUGUGAAAUAGUAUUAAAAUAUACAUAUUUUAUUCUUUGACAUAAAAUUUGUAUUUAGAAUUUCAAAGGAAAUGUUACCAACUGGCUAUGCAUUAUCCUGUCAUAAAAAGUGUACAGAAUUUAUUAUAGUUUGAUUAAAUAAACCGCACACUUUGUUCCAUAAAUAUAUGAAUAUGUGUUUAGUCUUGAAAAUGUUUUUUUAGAAACAUCUAUAUAUAUACAUACAUAUAUAUUAUAUAUAUAUAUUAGACGUUUAUAGUGUUUUCUCUAAUGGCAUAUUCAAUUCGUGAUCUGUAUGAAAUGCUGAUUGUUCUUUAGGCAUCAUACAGUUAUUCCUAUUUUUCAUGUUUUGCUGUUUUGAAAUGUAUCUAACAUAAAUUUUAUUGAUUUAGUUUUAGUUAGUAUAGGUUAAUUCUGAAAUGAUAAAUAUUAGGUCUAAAGAUAUUAUCAAUUUAUUUUAUGCAUUAUAGUUUUAAAUGUAAUGUUAUUUGUGUGAACUAUAUAUUUUUAUGUUUAAGUCUUCCAUUUGUUUGCACAAAGAGCUUUUCUUAAAUUUAUAUUUUGUUAUAGCUUACAUUUUUUAUUUGCUUCGUCAUCAGAUCUCUGUGGUAUUAUGAAUUUUAUUAUUCUAGAAAGUAAUAAAUUGCAACGUUAAUAAAAUGUUGUUACUAGAAAAAGUAUGCUCUGAUAUAUAUUUUAAGUGCUUUCAAAAGCUGCAUGAGUAUAAUCAUAUCUUUCACAAUAACUUCAUGUGAGCUAUUUUUGAAAUGAAACCAUUUUUUUAAAAUUCAUCACAUAUCCUUAUGGCUAAAGGGGAAAAUACAAAAGUGUAAAAUAAGUAAUUAUCAGAAAAAAAUAUCUGUAAUAAAAAUUUGCAGUUAGAAGCUUUACACAGAGAGAAUAAUUGUACUGUAUUUUCAACUCCUUGAAAACAUUUAAAAUUUAUUUUAUGUAUGAGAUUAGUUAUAACAUUUAUAUUUUCUGAGUUCAAAUUUAUCUCCCCCUUUUUUUAAUAUGUAAUACUUUUCGUUUUAUUGUGAAACAAAUUAUUAAAAUUUAUAAAGCUAAUGUUUAAGUGUACAUCAUCAACAGAGUAGUGGUUUUCUGUUAUAUUAAAAUAUUCAUGAUUAUAGACUUGAUUAUAGAUGUGAACUGUAAAUUGUGUGAGAGUAUAGCAUCACAAAUAUUUAAACCGUUCUUCCAUGUGAAAGUUUUGAUCAUACUCUGAGGCAAAAUCAGAAAGCAUGCUUUGCUUACUUGAUUUGUAUAUUGUGAUUUUUGCUUGUUAGCUGUUGACAAAGGUACUUUCUCAUUGUGAUUUAUAUACCUGAACAUAAGCAAUCAUUCUGUGGUGUAUAUGAUCUACAUAUUCAUCAUUGCAUCUACAUUGUGUGUCCCUUAAAUGUUUGCAAUAAGUAGCUUGCCAUUACAUGUGGUGGACUAUUAUUAGUAACUAUAUGCAAUUCUCCCAUCCACGUGCUGUCUGGAUGCUAGAUUGAUGUAUGAACUAUGAUGCUCAGUGACUGCUUGAAGAAAUUUUACAGUAGUUGUUAUGACUUAAACAUUUGUUAGAGACUGUAUAGGAGCUCAUGUUUGGCUUGAACUGUGAGCAGUAGCAUAUAUACACUGCCCAAUUGCUUUAGACAUACACAGUUAAAGGCUUUUGUGACUUGCAGAAAUACUUCUUGGUUUACUCAUAUAAAAUAUAUUGAAGCUGAUUUCGUUAACUCUGGCCUUGUAGUCCUGUUGUAAUCGAUGAUAAUUAAUUUAUAUGGUCAGUGAUGUCAAAAAUAAAAUUAAAACAUAUUUUCAAAUUAACUACAUCAUAUAUAAAAUUUUCUCUUCUGAGAGUAAUUUUCAAUGCUUUAGAAUUUUCUACUACUAAACUGUAUUACAUUUAUAUCAUGCAAACUGCAAUAUAUCUGAAUUAAUAUUAAUUUUUGAUAAAUCUGUAAAAUUAUAUUCUAAAAUAAUAUUAAAUUAUAUUAUAUAUAUAUAUAUUAUUAUAUUCUUUGCAUAUCAUACCGAUAUCAUGACAAAAAAAAAUGUAAUGUUUUCUUUCAUUAUGGUUACAGAAUACAAGAAAUAGUGCAAUUAUUAAUUUGUGAUCUGUAGUUGGAUUAUGCUUGACAAAGUGCAUUGGAAAAGAUCAGCUUAAAUUCUUACUGUGAUUAGUUUUAAACAGUUUAAUUCAUAUGUAUUGUAAUAACUUAACAUAAUAGUUUCUAAGAAGUAAGUAAUUUAUUCCUUCGCGCUUAAAUUAAUAUGUUUGUAAUUGGGGGGGGGAGUUCCAAGUAAAUUUAAGUGCAUAUUUCUUUGUUGAAUUUGAAAUUCAUUUAAUUUAAUGAGAGCUAUUCUUUUUGACAUCACUGCCCUUAAAAAAUAAGAUUAUCAUUUAUUGCUGGCCAGAUUGUCAAAGUAAACGUUUCAGUGGAUUUUUCACUUUUUAGGCUCACAAUAUAAACACUUGUAAACUUUCUUUCAAAGUAAUUUCUAAUGUUUCUAUGCUAUCUGAUAUUCUUGAUAUUUUUAUUCUUAUAAUACGACUUCAUUACAACGAGCGAACAUCUGAUGUUUAACAGAGCCUAUUUUUAAAAUACUCUUCCUAAAACAUUAACCUCUCGUAUCGUAAUACAAAAUUAAUGGCAUCCUUCACGUAUAUUUUUUGCUUGUCACUUUUCACAAGGUAGAUUUUAAGCUCACAUUGGUAAUGUUUUCAUAUAAAUAAUAAUUGCAUGAACUUAUAUUUUGGUUUACUUAUAUUUUUACAACACCAAAUGGUGAAGCACCACCCUUGAAAUAUAUAACCGUACUCCAGAUUUGAUAUCUGUUGUCUCCUGUACUUGUAGAAAUCAGCAUAUGUUACUGCUUUUAAAAUCUUUAAAAUUAUUUAUGUAACAAAGACAGCAAAUAUAUAUAUACAUAUAUAUAUAUUAUUUGUUUACUUGAACUAAAUCAUAACAUUAAUGUUGUUAUGGCAAUGUUUUAUAUAACUGAACAGUUUUAGUGUUAUUCUGAUGUUUUAUGUAAGUUCAGUAUUUCAUGUUCUUCUGUAAUAGUAUGAAAAUAUAGUUAUUGUUACUUGUCCUGAUGAAACUGUUGUUUCUGUAAGAUCACUUAGUUAUAACUUGCCAUUGAAAUUGCUUGAGAAGUGUACAUCUGUGUGCUAAUCCAAGUCUGUUGUAAUAAGUUGAAUAAUUUUAAAAAGCUUGUAUUAUAAUCUUUUUGCAUUUAAAAGUUAAUUACUCAGAAUUGAAAAAGAAAAGUAUGAAAAGAUUGCUGGCAACUGCAUAUAGUCAUUUGAUAUUUUAAUGGUAGAGUAUUUUGUGGUGUUUUCAUAUUAUUAUUUUUGUAUCAGAUAAUAUAUAAUCUGAGAAUGAACAACACAUGUCUAUUAUGUUUUUUAAGAGUUGAUGGGAUUUUUUAAAAUUGCAAAAUGUGUAAAAUAUUCCACCUCUGUAAUGAGAAAUACUUAUGAUUUAAAUUUUGUGUUACAAUUUUCCUCUUGCCUUUAUUUCUACUAAAUAGAUUUGGAUUAGCUAGAUAAAUGAUAUGUGUAAUUGUCAUAUGCAACUGUGAAGUAAUUGAUUUAUUAAAGCUUGCAUUUUGCAUAAAAUAAAAUUUUCUGUUGAUAUUUGUAAACAGUCACAUGCAGCAGAUAUCAAUUUUUAUGCUUCUAUAGUACAUAAAUUUUGCAUAUCACAGGUGAAAUGUUGUAAUUUUAGUGUACAUCCUUCCUUUUAUGAUGCAUCUAAAGUAACCACUUGUUACAUAUAAUUUUUGUUAACAAAAAGUUUAACAUAUAUUAGAGGUGGAACAUUUUUAUAUGAAAUAAACACAAAAGUAAAAUGUAUUUUAAGAAGUGUAGCUUUAAUUUACUUUGAUUUGUAGACCUUGAGUCAUUAGAUUAAGUAAUUUGGUUUUGUUUUUCAAGAUAUUUAAACAAAUAUAAAAAAUUUAACUAAGCAUAUCAAAAUUUAUUCAUGAAUUAUUUUCCAGCAUUUGUUUAUCUUCCUUGCAUAGAAAAUGAAAUGUGUGGUUCAGGUGCAUCGACCGGAUCCAUAACUUUUUCUAAUAUGAAUCUCAUGUUAAUACAAAAUGUAUUAGUGAAGCAUAUUCAAUGAUAUCUAUUCAAUCAGUAUUUGCAAUUAUAAAUAAUAGAAAACAGAUAUAUAUAUAUAUAUAUCAUUAAUUGAAUAUGUUAUCGUAUCUGGCUAUGCAUUAUAUGAGAUAAGAAUUUUUAAAGUAUUUCUCUUAAUUUAAGUGUAAAUAGAGAUAGAUAUAUUCUUUAUAAAGUAAUGGGUUGGCACUGCCUUUAUUGAUACUUUAUUGUAUGAUUUUUUAAUUGUUAUUUCCUCUUAUGGCAUAAAAUAAGGUAUAGACCUUAAUUUAUUUUUCUUCAGUUUUUUAAUGUCUUUUCUUUUUUCUUUAUAAAAGACCUUAUUUGUUGACAGUGUGAGUUAUGCAGCUUGUUUUAAUAUUUGUUUGUUUUGUUAACUGAAAUUUGAGUUUUUAUUUAUAUUUUUUAUUUAUUUUAUCCUUAAAGGUGAUUCUGUAAAGUUGUUUUUAGGUAAAAAUAUAACCAGCUUUGAGGUUUUGUAAAAGAGCAUUGUGCACCUUUUCUGUUACACAAGGAUUGGUGAAAAAUGUGGAAUAUUCAAUUUUGCUUAAUUUUAAAGUUUUUAUUUUUUAUAGGCCUUUUUAUAUAUUUCCACUAAGUCUUUCAAAACUGUAAUAGUUUAUCUUAAAUGUUAUCUUAGCUCUUUUACAAUACAUCAAGGAAAUACUGUGCUUUCAAGUAUUUACUUUGCAUUAUUAUUUUGUAGUAUUAGUAUUAUAUAUUAUUGCUAUAGGGCUAAAAGCCAUAAGUUAUUGGGCAUGUAUUCUUUUAAAAUCUAUUUUAAAUAUUUAAUUUCUGUUACUAAGCUAUAUUAUUUAAUAUUUAUAUCUUUUAUUUUUUGACUGAUUAUUUCUUCUAGGAUAACUAUAUUUUGCAGUGCACUCACAAUCUGCUGUCAUAUGUUACUAUUUUUUAUGAAUUAUUGGCCACAGUAGUAGUAUAAUUUAUUCAUGUGGAAACAGUCAUUGUUAAUGCAAAUUCUUAAAAAUCUUUUACUUAAAAUAUAAAUUGAAUGUGACACUUGCAAUGCUGCACUUUAAGUAAAAUAUCUUAGUUUUUUUAUAAUGUACCAGAAAAGGCCCUUAUCAUGCUUUCAUUUGUGAUUUAAUUGCUAGAGGUGAAUUGAUUCAUAUUAAUGGAAUUCAUAUUUAUUAUCAUUUUUGCUAAGAAUUUCUAAUUAGGCAUGUUUAAUAAAUCUACAUAAAAAUAUGGAUGAACGCUUUUCUGAAAGUAAUUUCCUCUCCUAGUAUAACUUAAAUGCAAUGCAAUGUUUUACCCUAAAUCUGGAAUUUUAUUUGGUUCAAAUCAUUAAAAAUAUUGCAAUAACUUCAUUCUAUGCACCUCAUGCCUUCAUUCUUAUCGUAUGCAUUGUCAUAUAAUGACAUAAGUAAAUGUGAGCAUGCACUGCAAAUGCACAUUCUGAAAGGAUUAUAAUAAUUAUUUUCAUAGCAAGAUUAAAUAAAUAAAAUGUAGUAAUUUUAGGCCUUUCAGUUUUGAUGCGGUUUAGCAGGGCACAGUUUUAAUUUGCUCACAGUAUUGUGUGGAAGUUGUAGAUGUGCUGUUAAGAAUAAUUUUAUGAAGAUGCUUAUAUACUGUUGCCUUAACAGGAAUGAUAUCUAUGUGGCCAAUUGUUUUCAAUUAUACUUCGAGUUCAGUCUCAAUGCCAUAAUAUGUAAAUGUAACAAUAUAAAAUGUUAUGGAAAGUUAUCGAAUGUACAGCAGAUAUUCUAAACACGUAGUAAAAUGUAUAUACAAGCUCAAAUUUGUUGCGUAAGAUAGGAACUGUAUGAUUGGUUUUCCCUAUGUCAGAAGUUUUCCCAAAGUGAGUGCAGAGUUCCAUGCUAAACUAUACCCAUAUAUUUUAUUAUUCAAAUUUUAAAUAUCCCUGAACAAAUGUAUUUUGAAGUUCAAAUAAAUUAUACAUCUUGGUGUGAAACUUGUGUACUUAAAUAAAAUGUUACUUUUUCACACUUCAAA